AUGAAGAACAAUCAAAACUCACUCUUUAAUGCUCCAUUACAGCUAGCAAAUCUCCUUUCUCUGAUCCUUUUCUUCGGAUUCGGUUUAUGUUUAGGAAUCAUCCUCACUUUCCAUCUCAAAAACGUCUCCUUCAACCUCCAAUUCACCCAAUUCUCUCUCUCCACUGACACCGACCACGACCACCAGACCGUUUCAUCGCCACCCAAGAUCGGACUAGAAGAUUACAUACAUCCAACGGAUUUAAUGCAUGAUCUGAGCGAUCAACAGUUGAUUUGGAGGGCAUCGAUGGUUCCCAAAGUCAUGGAGUAUCCCUUCCACAGAACUCCGAAGGUGGCCUUCAUGUUUUUGACGAGAGGAUCGGUCUUGCUGUCGCCAUUGUGGGAGAUGUUCUUCAAAGGGCACGAUGGUCUUUUCAACAUUUAUGUCCAUAGCUCCAAUUGGACACAACCAAUUCAUUCCGUCUUCUACGGCCGGAGAAUUCCCAGCAAGGCUGUUGAAUGGGGUAAAGUGAGCAUGAUCGAAGCGGAGCGGCGCUUGCUAGCCAACGCCCUUCUCGACUUCUCCAACCAACGAUUCGUUCUCCUCUCCGAGGCCUGCAUUCCCUUGUUCAAUUUCACCACUGUUUACUCUUACUUGAUAAACUCCAACCACAACUACAUCGAGUCCUACGACUUGGCCGGACCCGUUGGGCGAGGCCGUUACAGUCUGAGAAUGCACCCAACCGUCAAAAUCGGCGAAUGGCGAAAAGGGUCACAAUGGUUCGAGAUGAAUCGUGACCUAGCCAUCGAGGUGAUCUCCGACAACACCUAUUUCCCUGUCUUCCAAGACCAUUGUAAUGGGUCAUGCUACGCGGACGAACACUACCUGCCGACGUUCGUAACGCGUAGGUUUGGGGAAAGGAAUUCGAACCGGACGUUAACGUUUGUGGAUUGGUCGAAAGGGGGGCCCCACCCGACACGGUACACGAGGUACGAUGUGACACAUGAGUUUUUGGAGAAGUUGAGGAAUGAGAGGCAUUGUGAGUACAAUGGGAGGAGAAAUGAAACAUGUCACUUGUUUGCAAGGAAGUUCACUCCACAUGCUUUGGACAGGUUGUUGAGACUUGCACCAAAGGUUUUGCAUAUCAACCCAUAG